UGGUGGUGGGAGAAGGCACUCUGUUUCUCCAGGGGAAAGGGGAUCAUUGGUGCUGAAAGCAAACACCCAGGACAGGGCGAAGAGCAACUGCAGCAGCCCAACCUCAGCAGCUGCAUCCGCGGAUUCGAUGCGGAUUGUCCGUGAGGAGCAGGAGAACCACCACCAUCCUCAUCCGGAAGCUGGCAAGGUUGUGGAGGGUUUACUCAGCAAGUACACCAAUCUGAUCCAGGGCUGGCAGCACAGGUAUUUUGUUCUGAAUUGCGAGUUGGGCGUUCUGCAAUACUUUGUAAACGAACAGUGCAAAGGUCAGAAGCCACGAGGAGUUCUACAUUUGUCUGGUGCAUUGAUCUCUCCCAGUGAUGAGGUUUCCCACAUGUUUGUAGUCCAAGCUGCCAGUGGUGAACUGUAUAAACUCAGAGCAGGGGAUGCUAAAGAGCGACUCUAUUGGGUGAACCAGCUUCAGGCUUCUGCCAAGCACCACACAGAAAAUAAUACUAAGACUACUCCUUCAAUAAGAGCUAGAAGUUUAUCUUUACUUCCUCCUGGGAUAUCGAACCCAGCAACUCAUGGUAGCCAGAAGCACCUGACACACAGUGGGCCAGGAAUUAUCACUAUCACCCAUCACAAGUCUCCCGCAACCAGCCGACGUGCAAAGAAUCAGUGUCCAGGCCGUCUUUUAGAUGUUAAAGAGAUAAUGAAUCAGGCAGAAGGACAGCAAAAAAGUCUUGUGCAUUCAAUAGAGUCUCUCCCACCUUGUGGGCCUCUAUCUGCAUUGGAUCAAGAUUUGCUGCUUUUGAAAGCUACCUCAGCUGCUACCAUGAGCUGCCUUGGUGAAUGCUUGAACAUUUUGCAACAAAGUGCACAGCAAGCUGUCCAGCAUAGCAAAAGAUUGUCAGCUGAAACUGUGCUAGGAUGGCAGGGACCAAGAUCUCGUUCAGCUGAGCAGUUGAAGAAUGGAAAUAUAUGCGCUUCACCUUCAAUGCCUUCGAAUAAUGCAAAUAUUGUCUGGUCUGUAACGCCUAGUCAGGUCAAACAAGGACUGCAGCACCCUUCUGAGCAUCAGAAUCCUGAAGUGAUAAAUCCUGAAGAUGAGAUAACAGACAGUGAGGAUAAUGUAGAGGAAGACUUGGGAGUCAUGGAUGAUCAGCGUAGCAUUAUCCUACACCUCCUUUCUCAACUGAAACUUGGCAUGGACCUUACUAGGGUGGUACUUCCAACUUUUAUAUUAGAGAAAAGGUCGCUGCUGGAAAUGUAUGCAAAUUUCAUAGCCCACACAGACAUCUUUGUGUCAAUCACUACUGGUAUAACACCUGAAGAGCGGAUUAUCAGCUUUGUGGAAUAUUACCUGACUGCUUUCCAUGAGGGCCGAAAGGGAGCAGUUGCAAAGAAACCCUAUAAUCCAAUAAUUGGAGAAACGUUUCAUUGCUCUUGGGACGUGCCAAAAAAUAAUGUAAAAUCCAGUAGAGCCAAUGGAAUUUUAACAUUUGGCAAGGAUCAGCCCAAACCCCAGCAAGCCUUCGAGCCGAGUAAGGACCCAACAGAAUGCUACCGCGUGAGAUUUACAGCAGAGCAAGUUUCCCAUCAUCCACCAGUUUCUGGUUUUUACUGUGAAUGCAAGGAGAGGAAAAUUUGUGUGAAUGCACACGUGUGGACCAAGAGCAAAUUCAUGGGCAUGUCCAUAGGGGUCACCAUGGUUGGGGAAGGUGUUCUUUUCCUUGGAGAGCACGAUGAGGAGUAUGUUUUUACAUUGCCAAGUGCCUAUGCACGUUCAAUAUUGACAGUCCCUUGGGUAGAACUAGGGGGUAAAGUCAGUAUUAACUGUGCCAAGUCUGGUUACUCUGCUGCAGUCACAUUCCAUACAAAGCCUUUCUAUGGAGGAAAAGUCCACAGAGUUACAGCUGAAGUGAAGCAUAAUCCAACAAACACAAUUGUAUGCAAGGCACAGGGGGAAUGGAAUGGAACUCUUGAAUUCACAUACAGUAAUGGAGAAACAAAAGUAAUUGAUACAACCAAACUGCCAAUAAUAAGAAAGAAAAUACGGCCCAUCAAAAAACAAGGGUCGUUUGAAUCUAGGCGUCUUUGGGAACAGGUUACCAAUGCACUACAAGCUGGAAAUAUUAGUGCAGCAACUGAGAACAAGCACAUUUUGGAGGAGCAGCAGAGAGCUGAGGAAAGACAGCGAGCAGCAUCAAACACUCUUUGGGUGCCAAAGUAUUUUCGAAAAGAGGGCGAUGGUUGGGUGUAUCAUAGUCCCCUCUGGAAAACACAAUGCUGACAGAUCCAGCUUAAUUUUUGCCACUACCUCAGAUUUCCUCUGAUUUGGCUGUUGUCAUCUGCAAAAGAUUCUGAGGUGAUGAUGAUAAGACAAAAGUUAAAAAGUGACUACGCUGUAUAAAGCAAAUGAACUUUUAUUGAACAAGACAUAUAUUGUGAUUUAAGUUAAAGUAGUUGCAGGUUCACCAAAACAAAUUUAAUCAGGCACUGUCCUGUACACAAAUGGCACCUGCUUGUUAGAGAUUGAAAUGUUAAUGAUGGAAAAAUUUUAUUUUACUGUUUCAAGAUUUUAUAUUUUUCACUUGCAAAGACUUGUUUUGCACAUAUAUAAAGAAAUGUGCCAUUGAUGUAGUCACUUUCGGCUGUAUGUAUGAACCAAAAGAUGUAAUUCAUUGUCAAAAGUGUUUUAAUGUAAUUAUUGAGCAUGCCAUUACACAAGCAUUACAGCAUACAGCACUAUUAUGCACAUGGACCUUUUUAUUGCUAUGAUGCGCUUCAUCACAUGCGCAAGUAAAGCCAUAAGAUCUAGUUUCUUUUUUAAGUUAUUCCAAAUGAAUAGCGUUUUGAACACAUGCAUCUACUAAGAAACACAGCCAUUUCUGUAUCUGGUAUGAUAUGCGGCUGAACUUGCUAGUUUCCACAAACUAAGAAGGGCCAUUUCGUUCCCAUGUGCAAUCAGUAAAACUUCUGUACAUUGAAAAUGAUCUUUAAAAAGUUAUUUUAAUCCUUUUAAUACACUUUCUGCACCCCCUCAUGCUCAAAAUAUUAGAGACACAAUUAGGAGAAUUGAGCUGGCUUAGGAUUUUAAGUGUCCUUGUCUCAAACACAAAACAGUAGUAAACUGUACUGUUGCAGUUAUUUUCAAUUUAUAAUUUGAAGCUCGGAAGAACUGCUAAUGACUGGCUGACUGAGAAGAUGAUUAUCAAAAUAUUCCAUGCAUAUGUCUGAGAUCUCCUCUUGUCUUUGCAUCUAUUCGUGAUUCCUUAUUCGUUUAUAAAUUCAUUUUGAUGCACUCUUCUAAUUCUGCAUAGCUAUGCGCCAGCAAGUAAGUUACCUCCUUGCAAUUGAUAGAAAGCAUAUAACUGUAUGUCAACACAGACCUAUAUGAUGGACCUGCAUUUUGCUCCUCAGUACCUGCUUUAAAAAAAUGAUAUCUCAAAAACUGUGUCACUGAACUAAAAAUGUGGAAGCUUCAAUUCAGAACAAUUAUUCAGGCAUGUUUGACUUUAGACUGUCCACUUAAAGUUUGUAUUUUUUGAACAGAAGUCAUUUUUGGGUGCUAGGAAAAAUUUCAGUUAUACCUCUGAGGGUUCUAAUGGUAUUAUGAUACAAUGUGACAUUUAAUUCUGGGGAGAAGCAGCAUAAUAGAAAUAUCCUUUCACAGAGGCAGAGGGAAUUAGUGAAUGUUGGGAUGACACUAAUAUUCACAAAAAUAGGCUAAUAUAAUUACUAAAGUAAAAGUCACCAGCCAUUUCAUUGCAGUACUUCAAAAUGCUUCAGUGCAGAUUUCAUAUAUACUCGUACAGCAUAGAAACAGACUCUUUGGUCCAACACAUCUAUGUCAACCACAUAUCCCAAACCUAACUAGUCCCAUUUACCUGUAUUUGGUCCAUAUCCCAUCAAAUCUUCCCUAGCUAUGUAUGUGUCCAAAUGUCUUUUAUAAAUUUUGUAAUUGUACCUGCCUCUACCACUUCCUCUGGCAGCUCAUUCCAUACAGGCCCCACCCUCUGCAUGAAAACAUUGCCCUUUCCGUUCCUUUUAAAUCUUUUCCCCUCUUCCCUUAAAUCUAUGCCCUCAAGCUGUGGACACUCAUCUGCCUGACCUGCUGUGCUUAUCCAGCAACACACUUUCAACCCUUGGAAAAAGACCUUAGCUAUUCACUUUAGCUAAGAUCAACCAGUCUAAUAGUCUGUUAUUGAUUUUACGAUCCACUCACGAUUCUUCUCAUUCUUUCUCGUUUAACUCUAUGAAUAUAGCCUAUCUCUAUUCGUUCCUUCUUCAUUUCUAUUGUAUCAAAGCAAAUUCUUUGUCACAAUUCCGUGUGUUAAACAAGUUCUCUUAAAAUUCCUAUUUGAUGUCUUGAUCACUAUCUUGUAUUGAUGACUUCUACCUUCCGAUGCAGAAGGCCAAUCUCUACUGAAGACAACAAAUGAUGGAUAUCACAGCGGGUCAGACAACAUCCAUGGAGAGAGAGCAAGCUAACAUUUCGAGUCCAGAGGACUCUUUAAUGUUCCCCAGAAACAACCUCUUUGUCUAUUCUGUUGUACCAUUUAAAAAUAUCUGUAGAGUCACCCUUCAGGCUUUUCUUUUUUAAGAGAAAACGGACUCUGAUAUUUUUUAUUUCUUCUGAUAGGUAUAACUUUGUAG